UGAACUUACGAGCCUGAUUGAGUCUAUGAAUGCCGAAGAUUCACCCUACCAAUUAUCUCAAGCGGGUACAUCCACAGACACUACUGUCCACCCUCCACCGUCAUCAACAGAGACUAAUGGUUCGUCAUCUAACAAGCGUAAGCGCAAUGAAGACGGAAGUGCCGCCCCCUCCCAUCUGGACGAGACCGUCAACGCAAGAUAUUCAGAACGUGUACAUGCCAACAAACUCAUCUCGAAGCUGCAUGAGACGGUCAAACUAGAGUGUGCACAGCUAUCUGACUCUUGUGACAAAGUCAAAUUAUGGGUGAACCUGACCAUGCCCAAGAUUGAAGAUGGUGACAACUUCGGUGUUCAAAUCCAAGAGGAGGUUCUUAGCGAACUUCUCCGUUCGCAGGAGAGCGCGUAUAACAUACGCGAUACUGCGCGCCAACAUCAUCUGGCAAGAGCAAAGAUUUGCUCCAAACUCAUCAAGUACCCCCACAUAGAAGAUUACACACUGGGUUUGAAAGAACACGAUGAGAAGCAGUUUUUCUUUUCUCGCCAAAACCUCAUAGACAUGCGCAAUGUUUACGCUGUUCUCACUGAUAUCCUGCAUAAAAAUAUUGCCAAGAUUCGGGCACCCAAGGGAAACAAUGGUGUCGGGCUGUACUGAUGCAUAGAUAUUCUGGGUCCAGUAAUCUUACCGUAUCCAUACUGAUAAUUACAACAACGAGUCGAUGA